GGGAAGGAGGAGGAGAAGGAGGAGCGGGGCCAGCAGGAGUCAGCGGCGGCGACCGGGCUGGGGUGAUGGUGCAGGUGCCCGGGGUCUGCGCGGAGCUGCCGGGUUGAGGGGCGCCUGGUCCAGGGUCCGCAGCGCCGCCGCGUCUCCCGGGGGCGGGCGGGCGGGAAGAUGCUGAGCAGGUUGAUGAGCGGCAGCAGCAGGAGCCUGGAGCGCGAGUACAGCUGCACUGUGCGGCUGCUGGACGACAGCGAGUACACCUGCACCAUCCAGAGAGAUGCCAAAGGCCAGUACCUGUUUGACCUUCUUUGCCACCACCUGAACCUACUUGAGAAAGACUAUUUUGGGAUCCGCUUUGUGGACCCAGACAAGCAGCGGCAUUGGUUGGAGUUUACAAAGUCUGUGGUGAAGCAAUUGAGAUCCCAGCCUCCAUUCACCAUGUGUUUCCGUGUGAAGUUUUACCCUGCAGACCCUGCUGCCCUGAAAGAAGAAAUAACCAGGUAUUUAGUCUUCCUACAGAUCAAAAGGGAUCUCUACCAUGGCCGCCUCCUCUGCAAAACAUCAGAUGCUGCUUUGUUAGCGGCUUAUAUCCUUCAAGCGGAGAUUGGAGAUUAUGACCCCGGGAAACACCCUGAAGGCUACAGCUCCAAGUUCCAGUUUUUCCCUAAACAUUCAGAGAAGCUGGAAAGGAAAAUUGCUGAGAUUCAUAGGACAGAACUCAGUGGUCAAACACCAGCAACAUCAGAGCUGAACUUUUUAAGAAAAGCGCAGACAUUGGAGACAUAUGGAGUGGACCCUCAUCCGUGUAAGGAUGUAUCAGGAAAUGCUGCAUUUCUGGCCUUUACUCCUUUUGGGUUUGUUGUUCUGCAAGGAAACAAGAGGGUCCACUUCAUAAAAUGGAAUGAGGUGACCAAGCUGAAAUUUGAAGGAAAAACUUUCUAUUUAUACGUAAGUCAGAAAGAGGAAAAGAAAAUUAUUCUCACAUAUUUUGCUCCAACUCCAGAAGCCUGCAAGCACCUCUGGAAAUGUGGGAUCGAGAACCAAGCCUUCUACAAGCUGGAGAAAUCAAGCCAAGUCCGCACAGUGUCCAGCAGCAACUUAUUCUUUAAAGGGAGCCGGUUCCGAUACAGUGGCCGAGUUGCAAAGGAAGUAAUGGAGUCAAGUGCCAAGAUCAAACGGGAGCCUCCGGAAAUUCACAGAGCUGGGAUGGUUCCCAGCCGCAGCUGUCCCUCCAUAACCCAUGGCCCAAGGCUGAGCAGCGUCCCCAGGACCCGGAGAAGAGCGGUUCACAUCUCCAUCAUGGAAGGCCUAGAGUCCCUACGGGACAGUGCCCACUCCACGCCAGUGCGCUCCUCCUCCCACGGGGACACCUUCCUGCCUCACGUGAGAAGCAGCCGGGCAGACAGCAAUGAGCGAGUUGCUGUGAUUGCGGAUGAGGCCUACAGCCCUGCAGACAGCGUGCUGCCUACCCCCGUGGCUGAGCACAGCUUGGAGCUGAUGCUGCUUUCCCGGCAGAUCAAUGGGGCCACCUGCAGCAUCGAGGAGGAGAAGGAGUCUGAGGCCAGCACCCCCACUGCUGCAGAUGUGGAGGCCCUCGGGGGAGAGCUGAGGGCCCUGUGUCAGGGGCACGGCAGGCCAGAGGAGGAACAGGUGAAUAAGUUUGUUUUAAGUGUCCUCCGUUUGCUCCUUGUGACCAUGGGACUCCUCUUUGUUUUGCUCCUCCUCCUGAUCAUCCUUACCGAGUCUGACCUUGACAUUGCCUUUUUCCGCGAUAUCCGCCAGACCCCCGAGUUUGAACAAUUCCACUAUCAAUACUUUUGUCCCCUCAGGCGAUGGUUUGCCUGCAAAAUCCGCUCAGUGGUGAGCCUGCUCAUAGACACCUGAGAAGGCAUGACUCCUCCCAAUAACUAGCCAGGUGGACCCAGGAGCCCGGCUACCCAUUCCCAGCAAUGGGACCCAUCGCGGAACCAUCGGCACAUGUACCAAGUCCUCCUCUCAUGACUCCAAGUCCACAGCCUAGGAGGGUCGUUUCCCAGAAGAAGAAGGGGAUAGGCUCAUGCCCUGUCUAAACAAACUGGGAAAGCUCUUUUCCUUCAGAGGUUCUCUCAAGAAAGGCUCGGCAACUCUGUUUCUCAUCCUCCCAAUUUGCAGGAUAACUUUCGGUUUUGAAUUUUGAUUUUUCAUAGAUGUGUAUUAUUUUGAAAGUAUCAAAUAAAAAUAAUUUAUUUUACUAUUACUGAUGAUCCCAGUAGUGUCACCUAGCAGAUGGGACACUAGCUGAAGACUAGAGAGCUGUCGUCUUCUGUGUUCUGCAGGAGCUUUCCCGCUGGGUUCCAGCACUCGUCACUCCAGCCUCAGCGGGGCAGUCCAGGAGUCUGGACAACGGGGACUAAGUUUUCUUGCUAGACAGAGCUUUUUAAAAAGUAAACAUCGUGUAGAAUGAUUAAAUGGAAAGUUGCUUCUUAUGAUGGUCUGAGUUGGAUUUUCUUUUCCUUUUGUUUUGUUUUUUUCCAAAUCUGAGCAGAGUGGGCAUCUGAAGGGACCACGGCUCCAGCAGCAGCAGCAGCAGGGGUGGGGUAAGUCUGUCCCCUUAGACUAGAGCCUAGUGGGUAUCACCGUGAAUUUUGUAUAACGAACUUAGACUUCUGUGAUUUUUUUUUUCUGAAGAACCUCAAGACUCUGAUAGUGCUCCUGAGGCAUUAGAUGCAUUCAGUGGUACCAGAAAUAGGACUGUCAGAAAUGUUGGACAAAAUAUAGUUAACAGAAACCAGAGCUAAGGUACCUGAGAGACGAUUGAUUCGGAAAGCAGUACUUAUUUUGUACACCCCCCGCAAAAAAAAGAUUAUUUCAAUUUAUAUUUUAACAAUGAAAUGUUAUUUUCUUAUCGAUUCAUAUUUUGUUUUUACUUUAUGGAUUAAGAAAAUAGAGCCUGAUGAACUAAACGAUGCAAGAAAGAAACUGAUCCUGAGAAUGAAAAACUUCAGAAAGUAGCAUUCCAAGAUCAACAAACAGCCUUGGAAGGGACCAGGAAAAGAAUCUCUUUAAAUAGUUCUGAGAUGCCUACCAAGAAAGAAGGUGAACGUGGCAGAGACCAACAUUUAGAUGUAGAAAUACUGCCCCCCCUAGGGUCAUCCUCUGCAAGUUGUAGGAAAGCACUUGCCAUCCUUGCUGAGGGAAGCGGUGGAUGCAUGCAGAGCACAGCAUGUGAAGGGUGAGUGUGGGGGCCAAGGCCCAAGCUCGGCAGCUCUUACAGCCACUCACACACACACAAUCUCGUUUUCAUCUCAGGGAGAGAUUUCUAAGUGGUCUGGGGCCUGAGGACUUAGUUAAGGACCGUCAGUGGACAAAUUCCUGGAACCUACACAAUGAAGUGGCUGCCGAUACCCUAUGAUGUUGGGCAGUCCCGAAUGCAGAACAGAAUGAGUCCCUUUUAGAUUUGCUCUCCCCUAAUUAGUCCCCUGAAAUGGCAGAACCAUGUCUAUAUAUGGGAUAAACGAGGUUUUUCAUUGGUGGGGGUGGUGCAUAAUUUUAAAUGCCCCUUCAACUAGACUAGGGGUUUGCAAACUUCUGUCAAGUGCCAGAUAGUAAAUAUUGUUUUUAUUUUGGUUUUGUGGGCCAUAUUCUGUGGCAACUACUCAACUCUGCUGUCGUAGCACAAAAACAGCCGUAAGUAAUAUUGGGUUGUCAGAAAAGCCAUAACGUAUUUUUUCUAUUUUUUUCAUUGCAAAAAUGCAUCAUGACUUUUCCGACAACCCAAUACAUAAAUGAAGGAGCACGGCUGUGUUCCACUAAAAUUUAAGAGACGGCGAGCUGAAGUUGGCCCACAGGCCAUAAUUUGCCAACCCUGAUCUACACAACAAAUACUAUGAUGUUAGCAGAAAGAGGGUCAGCCGUGCUCCAAUUCCUGAUGUGUAUUAAAGAUCCAGGACCACUUCCCACUGGAGGCACUGGGGUUGCUUGUUUAAAGGGUGCUCAACCAACCAACCAGCAAAGAGAUGUCUGAUGCCAAGAUGAGCAAGACCAAGUACUGGAAUGAGAAGACGUUGGCCAGAAUCUAAGAAUGGAAGAGGGCCUAUCUGAUCAUUUCCAUACCAGCAACAAUUUAGGCAGAAUUAUAAACACCUAUUUACCAAGUGACAAGACAAACUGAGGGAGAUCCUAGUAAAGAUUAGGGGCCACUUAGAAUCAAGUGUCCACUGCCAUUGCGUCUACACAGGAAAGGCUUUAUUUAGCACAGGACUGAAGUGGAAAGUAGACUCAGAUGAAAAGGCUGUCAGGAGAUAAGGGGCUGAUUUUAACCUGGAUAGCUACUGUCUUAUGCAACAUAGCAGAUUACCUUUUAGUGUAGUGUUCCUACCUCAGUCUGUAGAAUAUGGUGUUUCUAUGCAGUGAGUGAUAGCCUCAACUCUGACCUUUCAUAUUCACAUUAAAGAAAGAUGCAGUAUUCCAUUUCCUGGUACGUUACUUGUGUCUAGCGUUCUAACAGUACAACAGUCCAUACCACUUCCAACAGCUGAAUUUUUCUCAGUAGAAGCUUUCAGGUUAUUUUUUUCCAGGGCUUAUCCCAGAAAAUAGAAAGUUUCCUUCAAUUUGCUUUUCAAAUAGUGUUUGAAUAACAAACCUCCUUUGUUGCUGACUGGUCUUUUUUGGUAUUUCCCCACCAUUAAAAAUUGUUCAAGUUUUUAACCUGGUUUUACUGUGUUCUACUGUACAUUUUCUCUCUAAAUUAGUUUGGUCUCAAUGUAGAAAAAGCAGUGGUUUCCAUAGCUUCAUCUAUCAGAGGAAAUAAAACUCUUACUAAAGAAUAGUGUACUGCAUCUUUAAGCAGUAGAGGGUAAACUACCUGCAAAUGUGAAUUUCUUAGUUUCAUUAAACAAUAUAUAGUUGUUAACCUUUCGUGUGCCAAAAAUUAUAAGUUACAUUUUCCUUCAAAGCAAUGUACUUUUUUCUACAUAUCCAGUAUGUAGUUAGCAUAAAAUCAUUGGUGCCAUGAAAAUUAUUUUUAAACUUAAAUAAAUAUUUAAAUAUCACAGAA